CCGUGUCUGAAGCCACCCAUCAUGGAAGAAGUCUUGCAAAGCCCCGAACUUCUUACACGGAUUCUUGAGAUGAUCCGAGACGACGAGUGGGUGUUCUACCGAAGUUCACUGGCACCCUUCGCUCGCGUCAACUCUAUGUGGCAAGAGAUUGUACAGCGCAUUAUUUGGCAAGCACCNCCUAUGGAAGCUCUUGCUAGCAUCAGGAAACGACGUCGACAGAACUUCGCAUCUUACGUCAANAAGCUGGAUUUUGGUGGCAACAAGGAUUCCACAUUACAUACUCUCUUCGCUGAUGGUUGGAAUUCAACAGUCUCCCAGUACUUUGGCCCUGCACUCGUAGAUCUGACAGUACUUCUGUGGGACUCAAUAUGCACUGAAAGCUUCUUUGCGCAUAUCACAGAGAAGUGCCCAAGGUUGAAAAUUAUACGUCUCGCGAGAAUUGGUGGUAAACUUCAACCUGACGAGCUUCUGAGCUUCUUCCAAGCCUGUAGUCAUGUUGAGCAGAUCGACAUAAAUCUUGGAUCAGAAGCCAGGAGUGCCCUGAUCACCGGUGACCUGUUGCUCCAAUUCUCAAAAAUGACGAAGCUCAGGGUCCUCGAGAUCGAUAACUGUCUGGACCGGUCAGGUUUCUUUCAUACGAUCCUGACCGAAAACGAUAUCCCUUUCCAGAACUUGACAUCGGCUGCGCUCAACGCAACAUCGGCAGUGAUAUCUGCUGCAGCACAUGUACUGCCAAAUGUUGAGAAGCUUAGCUUAUGCCUCGAAGAUGGAGACGGAUCGUGCUUCAAAGGUUUGUCAGCCAUGCCAAGCUUACGUAGAUUGACAAUCUUGGGAACCAAAGCGACAUCGCUGAGCCGACAAGAACUACUUGCGUUACGAGAUCUGAACCGACUCGAAAGGCUUUCUGUGAAAAUGUCAGAUACAGCUGGUGUUGAUGAAAUGGUAGCGCCACAUUUCACAAACUCCGACUUCGAUCUUAUGGUUUCUGGACUGCCUGAACUAAAAGGAUUUACGUUCGAGGUCUCUUGGGAGCCGCGUUCAUUUUCAAUCUUGACGAGUCUCUCUAGGCACUGCCCCAAGUUGAAGAAACUUAAAUUGGACGGAUCAUAUGACCUGCAGGCUCUAAACGACAUACCCGAAGUCAUGUUUCCAAAUCUGAAGUAUCUCAGGAUAGACAAUUGUGAAGUUCCUGGAAUUCCUGUUCGACUUACCCCUUUACAGAUGGGUCGUCUUAUAGACAAUCACGCGCCAGUGCUCGAGGAUCUGGAUAUGACAGUCGAUGACGACGACAAUCGAGUCACACUCGCCUGGCACAACAUUCGUGCUUGA